GUAUAUAUGUCAAAAGAAAAAUAUUUAUUUUUAUAUUUAAAUUUUAUUCAGUGUCAGAUAAUAAAGUCUUAAUUAAUCUUUUUAUAUAAUAAAUAAAAAUAACAAACAACAAAUGUUUCAUUCAAAGGCAUUUUCUUUCGUACAUAAUAUUAUAAAUAGAAAUUUGUAUAAUAUAAAAUCAAAUUAUAACAAAUCAUUUCAAUAUAUAUUAUAUUCAACUAAUAUUGAAAAUUCGGAUAAUACUUCAAAUAUAACUUUAAAAAAAAACAUAAAUGAAAUUUGCGAACAAUCUGAAACUUCAAAUGAAAAUUCACAAAAUAUUGAUAUAUCCGAGAAUACUAUUGAAGCAUUACCUGGAUCUAAUUCCAUAAAUACUGAUGAGCCUGAUAAACUUUAUAAAAAGUUGGAAAUUGAAAUGAGAGGAAAUGAUCCUGCAGUUCUCAAAAGCUAUGGAGAAUUUGCUGUUAUGGCAGCAAAUUAUUUAGACAUCAUUGUUGGUAGACAUAUAGCACUACGAAAGCCUAUUCAUGAAAGAUUAACAGUACUUAAGUCUGUUCAUGUUCAUAAAAAACAUCGAGUUCAGUAUGAGACAAGAACAUAUUAUAGAUAUCUUGAUCUUUUUAAAUUAACUGGCUCAACUGCAGAUACAUAUUUAGAAUAUAUAGAAAGAAAUCUUCCAGAAGGAGUAGCAAUGAAAAUUACAAAGGUGGAAUUACAAACUUUACCAGAAAAAAUUCAACAAGCAAUAUCUUCAUAAUGAUGAAUAAAAUAAAUUAUUAUAUUAUAUUUUAAAAAAUAGACAAAUAAAUUGUAUUUGAAUAUUA